AUGAGACGGUUUCAGUGUCAUGUCACCAGUCCAACUGAUGCCAAGGGCUAUUUCUUCAAGACUCUGCCUUCUAACAACAAGCUGGUCAAGAAUUCAUGGGAAAAUUGCAAGGCUUUCCUCGAGCAAUCUCCAUUGGAGGAAUGUGGAGUUCCAAGCAAUGUGAACAGAGGAAUCGAUGGUUACAAGUUGUCUUCUCAUCGCAUUUUGCAAGACAAGCACCUCAAAUUAUACCCAGUUGGACCUUUCUUUUAUACACCAGAGCACAAACCAAUGGUGAACAGAGCACCGGCGGGUGGCUACUAA